GCCACGCGCCAGGCUGCCCACGUCAUCCGCACGCACCCGCGACACCAAGUUGUCAUUGGUGUGUACAGCCUGGGGAAGGAGACGCUGCUGGUGGACCUGGCAGUGGAGUUCAGCACCUGGGUCGUGGUGAGCCCCUGGCGCCUGGAGCAGAUGCGGCUGCUGGAACUGCCUGAUGUGUUCACCACCGAGGAGGGGGCCGGCCGCAUCCGUGCUGUGGAUGUCACUGAGAUCCGCUGGGAUACCCUUGUCAGCUGGAACACGCUGCACCCUACCAUUGCCAUCCUCCCUACCGGCAGGCCCGUGAAGAUCACCCACCCCAACAUCCAUCCCAUUCCAUACUCGGAUCACUCAUCCUUUUCAGAGCUGUGCGAGUUUGUGAAGUGGCUGAAACCUUGCUCGGUCAUUCCAAUCGUGAGGGGUGGCAUGUGCCAGGCUUAUUUUCAGAAAUACCUAAGUUCUGCCCCCCAGGCGCUUCCUGACCUCAAAGUCCCAAAGCCUGUGCAAGAGUCUGUAGAGCAGCAAAGCAAAAGGAAGGGGCGGGAACCCAUGUGUCUCUUGAAAAGAGCUGCCCAGCAUUCUGUGCCCCGAGGAGUUGUUUAUGAGUCCCCAGAGGAACGUACUGAGAAAUCUGAAGAGUUCACAGGUGUUAAGGUUCUUCAGCAGAACUACUGUGAGUCAGCUUUCUGCUCAAAAGAAGGUUGCACUUGUUGUCACUCAGGCAAGGAGAAAGGGAAGGAAGAGGUGAGCGGAGAACAGCCUGGAGUAGCAAGAGCAGCUAGUGCUGUUAGCCAGGCACCUGUUUCUGAUGAGCCCUUUCCAACUGGAUUUGCAGAGCAGUAUUUACUCACUCCCUUAAAUGUCCUAAAGCAGAAUUCCUCACAGAAAUUUGACAAGCUGGUAGAAGAUUUCUUUAGGAGGGGAGAAGCAUCCUGA